GUUUUGCCGCGUAGUUCUUGGUACUUCUACGGCUUGCGCUCUCAGACGAUUAGUUUGUUUUCAUAUGGAUUCGUAAAAUAGUACCAUGCUCGAAUUCGUGCGACAUAGUACGGUGUCUUCUCCUGGCCGCGGCAGCGUGGCCGGGGCUUUGAUGAAGAAGCGUCGCGGCACAACACGGUUUUUCUUUGUGCGGAAGCCUGCUGGAUGGGCGCUUCGGUCUGCCGACGAAGAAAAGGAUAAACACGGCAGAACGUCGUUGUUAGGAGACUCCAGAACGCCCAGUGUGGAACGAGCUUUGUUGGCUCGAGCUCCAGGCGCGGUGAAGAGUGCAGUGGAUGGAAAAUUGCAUUUCCCCUACUCCCUGGAUGUGGACAGCGAAGGCGUGCAACUGAUCGUGAAGGACGAUUUCCUAAGACGCUAUUUCGAUCGCAAAGCUGGCCGUGGUGAAGGGAGCCUCCAGUUUUCUACAACAAGAUGUGUACCAGAAAAAGAGCCUGCUAGUGACGUAUCAUUGGGUCCUCACGGAGUCGAGGCAGAAAAUCCAUUAUUUGGGUCCGGUGGACGACGUGCCGAAGAUGGGGGGAUACAAAAUCUGCGAGCCUUUGAAGCCUCUGCAGGUCCCGAUCAUGGGUACAACUCGGACAAGCAUUGUUCUGGAGGUAGCUCGUGCUCCUUCUCUUCGACAC